AUGAAAUUUGAUGUUAUUGAUGCAGCUAAAAAAGUGCAAACAAAUGCAACUAUUCAGCAAGUCAAGAUAGGGUUAAAAAAGAUUCAGCGAGUCAAGAUAGGGUUAAAAAAGAUUUGCAAAUUCGACUCCGAUUCUUCUUCUGAUUCAUCCUCACAUCAUAGAAAAAGAAUUAAAAAAGCUAAAAAUACAAAAAAGAAGAAAAUACUUGAAAAGAAAAAAAGACACUAUGUUUCAGAUUCUUCAUCUUUACAGUCAGAGACAUCAGAGUCAGAGACAUCCACAACAGAGAGUGAUGAAUAUGAUAAAGUAAAUAAAAAGAAAAAAAGAAAAGUCAAAAAAUAUUUCAAGCGCCACAAGAAAUUAAUCCAUAAUGAUGUGAAGCACAAAAAGAAAAAACAUGUUUCUGAUUCUUCAACAGAAUCAGAGACAGAAUCAUACACACAUUCAACGGAUGAUGAAUCUGAUGAAGAAAUCUAUGUAAAAAAGAGAACCGGUGAUAGAAAAUAUGUUGAAGGAGUGACAAAGAUUAAAGAAGCAAAAAGGAAGAGGAAUAGUAGGGACAAUCGUGCAGCAAUAAAGAAACAAAAAACCGUGAAAGAGCAAAAGACUGUGAAAGAUAUAUUGAAGGAGUUGCCUUCAAUAAACACUAGAUCAACACCUGGAUUGAUGACAGAUGCUGUAAGUUUUUUGACAUCAGAACAAAAAGAUUGGGUGAAACGGAUGGGAUUUAAAGCCUUUUUGAAGAUCAACAUUAAGAGUAUUCCCUUAAAACUUUGCCAUUUUGUGCUUAAGCAUUACGAUGAAGGCACAAACAGUAUUCUGAUUAAAGGAAAAAGAAUAAAGAUCACAAAGGAAAAAAUUCAUAAAGUGUUUGGUUUACCCAAAACUGGAAAAAGCUUAUUUGAUUUGCACAAGGUUAGUGAAGAUCAUCAAGUGUUUGAUGGAUGGAUGAAGGAACUUGAAUACGGAAAGGCAAAUGCACCAAACUACAAGAAGAUUAUUCAAAAAUCCGAACAAGUGGAUAUGAAUUUCAAGCUGGGUUUCAUAGCUUUAUUUGUUAAUACGUUUGCAGAAUCCAUUCCUAUGGGGACAAACAACUUAGUUCCAGUUAGAGCACUUGUUGAAGUAGAUGACAUUUCUAAAAUCGAUUGGUGUGCAUAUUUGUUGUACUGUGUGAAAAAUUCAAAAGGGAGAUGGCAUCCAGACAACCCCAAGUGUUAUUAUAUAGGCCCGAUGUUGUUGCUAUUGCUAAUUUACUGUGAUGAAAUUGAAUGCAAGCUCCAAAAAAUAGAACGUAAAACACCAUUAGUUACGAUGUGGACAGCAGAUAAGUUGAAGGAAAGACAAUCUUUUGAGAUUGAAGCUGGUGGAUUUGGGGUUGGGAAUCUAAUUGAACAAAGUUCAAAUUUAGAACUUGAGAAGAAUGAAAAUCAGGUGAAUGAGAAUCAGGACAUGCGUAUUGAGGAGUAUGAAGAAAAGUAUGAAAAAAUUUUCAACAAUGUCUCAACUGAAAAGAAUGAUAUGGAAGAUAUUAUUUUUCAUUGUCUAUCGAAGUUCCCUGAAGACAAUAAAACGAAGGAGAUGAUAAGAAAGUUUAGAGACAUAUUUUCAACUACACUUUUUUCUAGUCGAGAGAAAUCAGAAACUAUUAAGGAGAGAACUGAAGUCAAAUCAGAUAGAGAUGAAGAGCUUAAUAAAACAAACAUUUCUGAUUCUGAUGAUGAUAAAGAUGAAGGAAUGAAUACAAAGUUGGUUGCAUUUUUAGCUAUUAAACCAUUACAACAGAAGUUUCCAGAGAAUGAAGAAACACAAGAAGAAGAUCAAGAUAUGAAUGUUGAUGACCGAAUAAAUUUGGGUUUUGAGAAUAAUAUUGGCGAGGAAACGAUUAGACAUCCGCAUAAUCCAGAAAGACAAAUAGAAUUUGAAGGCAUAAAUGUUGAUGACAAAAUAAAUUUGGCUUUAGAGGUGAAUAAUAUAGACGAGACUAUUGAAAAAAAGAAUUUAGAAGACAAUGUUGAUAGCAAAAAUCUUGUUAAAGGUGGUGAAAUUAUUGGUGGGGAGAAUAUUAGGGAGGGGAAUAUUGUAGAGAAGGUGGUUGGAGACAACAUAGGUGAGAGCUCAAUUGUUACACCAAAACACAAUCCAAAAGAAACUGGUGAUAAUUCUGAGGGUAAUGAUGAAGAUGGAGAAUUAGAAGGGAAUGAAGAGCAUAUUUUAGAUGAGAAAGGGAAAAAGGGUCAGAAUGUGAAUGAAAGAGGGAAAAGGAAGGUGACUAAUCCAGAUAUUUUUAGAUCACCUUUUGUGAAUAGGGUAAUUGACUUAAGUGAAAAAGUCAGUACUGAGCAAGAGAUAAUGGCGCAAAUCAUGUUUAGAUGCGUUGCAGACAAAGAUCCAAUGGAAAUGCUGUUUGAAACUGAGUCUGGAGACAUAAUGGAUAGGGUGCAUUUUGAGGGUAUGCGUCCAAAUCAUAAGAUACAUCCUUUCGUUAUUGAUUGUUGGGCUGCUGUUCUUAAUUUUGAAGAAGAAAACCUGAGAAACAAAAAAUCACCACCACGUGUCUUCUUCAACACUCAAAUUAUGACAGAAAAAUUACUGGAUUCUUCAAUACCUUUUGUUGAAAGAUCCCGACUUUUUGAUGAGGCUGUAAACAAUUACUUAUAUGACAUCAAAAGAAAAGUGGAUUUCAAUUCUAUUAAUCUGGUGUUUUUUCCAAUACACAACCGUGGUCAUUUUUAUUGUAUUCUUUUCAACCUUACAAAUCCAGAACAUAUAAUCAUUGACAACAUAAGAUACACCAAAAAAGUAGAAGAUGUCUAUGAGAGAUUCCUAAACUUGUGCAAAUGUACUUUUCAAAGUUUUUGGACAACAAUCGGCGGGAUAAGGCAUAUGGAAAAAUACAUGGGUGAGAAAGAAGAAAAAUGGGAUGUGGAACUGGGAGAAGAAAGUGUUAGGACAUCUAAAAAGAUUGCAAAGUUGCGUACAUUUUAUGUUUCUAAGCUAGCAAACCAUCAAAUCAACAAGCAGAGAAAAUUGAAUGUUACAGAAGCAUUGGAAUUUUCAAAACUUGAUAAGAAAACUAGGUGUAUGUUGGUGAAAGAAGGCAGUGAAGCAAGAGACAAUUUGGAAAUGAAGAAAGUUUGA